AUGAAGUUCGGCGCGAAGUUGCAAACCUUCGUUGUCCCUGAGUGGCAGGACAAGUACAUUCGCUACAAGGAGCUCGUUCGCUUACUCAAGCGAGCCAGCCGACUGCGUUCCGCUAACAUUCCGGGUGUAGAAGAUGAUGAAGAACGUUCCCUGUUGCAUAAUCUUUUCACUAUCGAUGCGCAAGUGGUGACACCGGCGUUCAUUACGUCGGCAGGUAGCGCGGAUUUCUCCUCGAAAACUGAGUUUAUCGAGGAAGCUCCUGCACGGAGUCAAUCUGCAGGCCAUAUUGUGAAUCGCAGUGAUCAUUGUGUUAUAAAUAUUGAUGAAAGUGAGCUCAUCGAUACUAAAUUGUUCGCUGGCGCCAGCAGUGAAUCGUUCGUGCCCUCCAACCCGCGCAUCGCGACGCAGAAGAGUCAUACAUGGCCGCGUGAAGACACCAUAUUCCGCAUCGCUGAUCAGUAUGAGAGGGAGGGAACGUUCAGCACAUCCGGCUUCCGUACCACUCCAGAAACAGAUUCACGUCUGAAUGUAGCUCUGCAUAACUUGGAUCGAGUAGCCAGUGUCUUUGAAGGUGAUACGAGAUCAAAUACACAGCCAUGUGAACACAAUGACCAGUAUUCAACUCCUGUGAGGAAAGUGGUGUCGGCGAUCGUCCAUAGGCAACUCCCAUACCGAUCAGCUGUGGUAUAUGGCCACGGCGAUGAUGCUACCUCUCCGUCGAAUAAGGAUGGCUGUGCUGCAGGCAAUCGACGCAGCCAUGUAACGAGGCAUCGUUUAUUAACGGACUCACGAAGGCUGUCAUCGAAAGUCCGUUUCUGUUUCUCCAUCAAGGGUUUCCGGAUCUGCACAAGCGGUAUUCCAAGGCCCCGGUUCAAUUUGAAGAAGAACACACCCCAAAUGCAGGAUGAAUGCCUGUCGGUUUUCGACAAAGUAUUGAGGGAUGACAUUCGGGUGGUGGUUAGUCACUAUGUGACCGAGAUGGAUUAUAUAAAGUCCUUGAUCAGUUUUCUUAAAGCAGACAUCCGUCGACGCGGUUCCCAACUGGACGGUUCCUAUGCCGGUUUGAUUCGUAAAGCGUGCACUGCAUUUUGGGAUGCGGUCGACAAGUUACAGUUUUACCUGAACCUGAACACGUUGGCUGUUUUCAAGGUGCUUAAGAAAAAAGACAAACUGAUGGCUACCGGCGACAUUUUCAAUCUGUAUCCGACGUACAAAAGUAUCAUGUUGUCACUGGACAACUCCCGAGGCAUUUUGGAUGAUGUUGCACAGAUGUAUAACUCGUUAAUGGAAGUACCUGUCAUUGAGUUUGGUGUUCUGAAAAGUGAUAUGGAGUCAACAUUGGACAGUUUGCGCCCGAAGCCCGCACAUGGCCUCUUUUUCAUUUACGGAUUGUGUACGGUUUUGAUGGCCAAUUCAUUAUUCCUAUGUUCCUUUGAGUUUCCACUGCCAUUCGAUACCAAGAUUUUGUCGUCCCAGAUAGCUGCCUUUAGGUUUUUCUUCGUAGUGUCGUUAAUUUGGUUUGGAUUUGGUUGGUGCCAGAAUUAUCUAGAGUCUUAUGGUGUGAAUUAUCAAUUCCAAUUCGGUAUCAGCAGUAAUUACUCGGCCACGGAGAAAGAUUAUUAUUUGAUGGGAGCGCUUCAGACUUUGUCAUGUCUGAUGCUGUUCGUGUUCUUUCUGUUGGAUUGCAAGUUACAUGUUGUCCCUACACAUCACAUGUAUUGCUUCUACCCUGUAUUGCUCAUUUUGUCUCACGUGGUCACUGUUACGUGGCCGAACCGCAAUCUGAAGCUUAAGUUGCGCAAACGGCUGUUUAUCUGCCUCCUCCGAGUUGUUGGCGCACCGUUCGGCGCAGGGGAUAAGGUGACGCUUUCUGACAGUAUUAUCGCUGAUGUGCUGACGUCUCUAACCCGGCCUCUGCGUGACCUGGUGUGCAUGAUAACCUAUUUCGCCAUAGGCGUUACGUCUGACCACAAGGUUGUUUCCCCUGUGGUACAAAAUUGGAUUGUACCAUUUGUGAUGUGCUACCCCUACGUCAUACGUUUCAGCCAGUGUCUGCGUCGAUACAUCAAUGAGAAACGCCUGUUGCACAUCGGCAAUAUGAUGAAGUACGUGUCCGGUAUGCUGUGUGUCGUAGUUUCUUCCAUAGACUGGGUCGCCAUUUUCCAAAUGAGAGCGUGGGUGCGCUACCUAGUGGUUAUAUCGUGCUACGUGAUCGCUACUCUGUAUCAGUGUUGGUGGGAUUAUGUGGUGGAUUGGGGUCUGAACAUAGGUUGGAACAUCUUUCGAACGCGCCAAAACAGAAUGAUGUACCGCCGCAACGCCUAUUACAUGGCUGUCGUAUUCAACAUGCUAUGCCGUUGCACGUGGGCGCUCACUACAAUUCCUUUCACCAUCCUACACGACAAGGAUCUCUCGUCGGACAUUAUCUUCCUCAUCGUCUCCGUCAUCGAGAUUGUACGGCGCGUUGUUUGGGUCACUUUCCGACUGGAGAGUGAACACCUGCUCAACUCCUACAAGUACCGCACUGCCCUGUGGGUGCCGAAGCUUUACAACUGCAAGAACCUCAUCGUUAAGGAAAUGAAGAUGCUGAACGAACAGAUGUAA